GUCUGUCACAGCAGCUCUGCUAGGGACCAACCCUCCCACCGCCAUCCCCCCCUUCCCUCUCCAUCCCCCCUCGCCCCCUGGGGGACCAUGAGCCUUCCUCGUGGACACCCGGAGGGAUCCCAGCCCCACUGACCCUCCCCAUCCUCCGCUCUGCCCUCCUUCCUCCUCCUCCUCCCCCCAUCACCCCAACCCUGCAGCCUGAGCGAGAUGUUUCACGCCUUGGUAGCAGGGAGCAUUGUCUUUCCUGGCCUCUUCCUGUUGUCCAAGAACGGCCUCAAGUGGCUACCGGGCCUGCGAUGGGAGGAGGCUGACGCGGUCAUCGUCUCCGCCAGACUUGUCUCCUCACUGCAGGCCAUUAUGGCUUCCACAGUUGGCUACAUCAUCUCCUCAUCCUGCAAGCACAUUAUCGAUGACCAGCACUGGCUGACUUCCAGCUACACCCAGUUUGCUGUUCCCUACUUCAUCUACGAUAUCUACGCUAUGUUCUUGUGCCAUUGGCACAGGUACCAGGUCAAAGGGCACGAGUCAAGAUGUGUUGGGACUCAGACGCUGCACACUGCCAUUCGUGCCUACUUGCACAAGGAAUUACUGAUGGUGAUUCACCAUCUUUUCAUGGUGUUGGUUUGCUUCCCUGUGUCUGUGUUGUGGCGCCAGGGCAAAGGUGACUUCUUUCUGGGUUGUAUGUUGAUGGCUGAACUCAGCACCCCUUUUGUCUGCCUUGGCAAGGUCCUCAUCUUGUACAAGCAGCAGCACACGCUUCUCCACAAGGUGAACGGCAUGGCCAUGCUAAUCACAUUCUUCUGCUGCCGAAUCCUGCUCUUUCCAUAUAUGUACUGGGUAUAUGGGCAAUAUGCUGGCGUGCCCUUUUACCGUGUACCCUUCUCCAUCCCCGCCGAGUACAACUUGGGAUCAGCCAUCCUCAUGGCUCCCCAGAUAUACUGGUUUGGCCUCAUCUGCCGUGGAGCAUUCCGUGUCUUCCGUGCCCGGGGUGCCACCAAGGAACAAGUAUUGCGAAAUGGGCAUAGGCUGGAUACACAGGCACUGGACUGAUGCCUCUCUUGCCCCCUCCCUCAGCUGCAAUUGGACAGACCACCUUUUCCCCCUAUAACUUAUUUAUUGGGGUGAUGGGAGGGACCGGAUUUAUUGGGGAAGCUGGCUCCUAGGCCAAAAGGGAUAUGGGAGGGUCUGGGAAGGGGGGAGGGUCUCAAAUGAAGUAUUCAGAGGGCACAAAACCAAAGUAUUCCUUGGUUUGGUAUGUGAAAAUCCUUUGCCAAAGGAAACCCUCUAAAUUUGCAAAGCUGUCAGUAUUCUGAAAUGUCUAUGAGUUGUGUAGGGUUUGAACCAGAGUGUAGUCCUAAACCAAAGGGAAUAUUGAGGAUAUCUAUGUUGGGGAGAUAUUCAAGGCAGUUGGGUACUAGAAGAAAAAGAAUAACCUGGAUGUGGGGCUAUGAAGCAAAACAAGGUCUCUAGUGCAUCAGGGCUCUGCCAAACCGAAGAAUGCACAUUGGCUAUUUCUUGCUAGACUCUGAUUAGAUGACCCAAGGUUAUCUGAGCAUUGCUAGCCAAGGAGAAACCCAUGUGGUUCACACGGGGAGACACUAUUCCCUGAAAGCAAUACUGUAGUGUUAGAUAGGAGGAAUAAGCAAAAUUCCCCCCAACAGUAUUUUCUUUAGAGUUGCAGGAUCUCCAUCACAUUUAAACAUGAUGGAGUAAUAAUAUUGGGUUUGGAUUGCCCUCACCCCAUGUGGCAAUCAGGGAUCUAUCAGCAGAAUUAGUUAUAUUUGUAGAAUAACCAAUAAGGAAACACCCUUACCAUUUUUGGAUGCUAGUAAAACAUGUGGUUGUCAGUAUUACUGGAAUGACAUCUACCCAGGAUAUUUCUUU